AUGGCAUCCGCAUCAAGCUUUGACCCAAAAAUGUUCGUGAAAGAUAUGAUGGUGGAAGUACAAAGGGUACUUCGACAUGAGGUUGAGGGACUCCAUGCCCGAAUAAAUAAAUUGAAAACAUCGAGGGUAGAAGGGAAUGCAGCCCCUUCACGUCCGUACAAUGGCAUUCCACCUUUAGGACAACAACCUACCGGGAAUGCUCCAAGGCAUGAACGAGUUCGUGAUCUUAUCCAAGAUGACCGCGACAUGAAUGAGUAUGAUGGAGAAGUAGAGACCAAUGUUCCCCUUCGAGCACGACGAGGGGCACAUAAGAGAGAUGACAAUGAUCCAAUUCGUUCUAUGAAAUUCCAAAUCCCAGCUUUCUACGGGAAAUAUGAUUCAGAAGCAUAUCUUGAUUGGGAGCGAAAGAUUGAGCUGAUCUUUGAUUGUCAAGAUUUGGAUGGUCCACAAAAGUGGGACAAUAUUUGCCUCAAUCGAAGGCGAGGUGGAGCACCGAUGAUUCAAACAUGGGAGGAGUUGACACGUGUUAUGCGAGCUAAAUUUGUGACGAGUUUGUAUACGCAAGAAUUGCAUGUUCGACUGCAAUCGAUGAAGCAAGGAAAUAGGACAGUCGAUGAGUUCUACAAGGAUUUGGAGGUGACUUUAAUGCGGGCUGAUGUUCGAGAGAGUCAACAAGCCACGGUAGCGAGGAUCUUGACGGGGCUGAAUCGAGACAUUACUGACAAAGUGGGAUUGUAUCGUUUUGAUGAUAUUGAUGAAUUGGUGGAACGUGCUAUUACUAUUAAGAAGCAAUUGAAGCGUAAGGGCAAACAUAAAACAUUUGGUACGAAGCCCUUCACACCAAAUUAUACCAAGAAGGAUGACAAAACCCAAGUGGCCCAAGGAUUCGGUAAAGGAAAAGGUAUUAUCAAGGAUGACACGUCACGGAACAAGCAUGUUGGAGCUGAUCCGGAGAAGCUGAGGAAUCGAGAUAUCAUUUGCUUCAAGUGUCAAGGUCGAGGCCACAUUGCAAGUCAAUGCCCAAACCAAAAAACGAUGAUCCUCAAUAAGUUUGGAGAGUACGAAACUGAAUCUGAAAAUGAGGAGGGGGUUGAUCAAAGAGUAGAUGAGAAAAAUAACACGGAUGAUGACUCUGAUUCUGGUGUUGGUUUGAGUUUGGUUACCUUACGAGCCUUAAGCACUAUGUCAAGGACCUUUGAUGAGGAACAACGAGAAAAUCUCUUUCAAACUCGUUGCAUAAUUGGAGGCAAAGUGUGUAGCCUCAUUAUUGAUAGUGGGAGUUGCACAAAUAUUGUAAGUGAACUUGCUGUUCGAAAAUUGAAUUUGCUAACAACACCCCACCCCAAACCAUUCAAAUUGCAGUGGGUUAGCAAUUGUGGAGAGUUGAAUGUGAACAAGCAGGUGACGGUUUCUAUCAAGAUCAACAAUUAUAAGGAUGAAGUCGUUUGUGAUGUGCUACCGAUGCAAGCUUGUCACGUAUUACUUGGGAGGCCAUGGCAGUUUGAUAGUAAGGCUCAUCAUGAUGGAUAUUUGAAUAGAUACUCAUUUGAGUUUGGGAGUAGAAAGAUAUGUUUGAAGCCGUUGUCUCCAAUGGAUGUCCAUGAGGACCAACUCUACAUGCAUCGUCAAUUUUUGGAAGAAGCCAAAGAAAAGAGAGAAAGGAAAAAGAGUGAAAAAAAUAAGAGUGAAAAAAGUGAGCAUUGGAGUGAGAAAAGUGAGAGCGAAAAAAAUAAGAGUGACAAAAGAGAGCAAGCGAGUGAACAACGCAAGAGUGAGAUUGAAAGAAAAAUGUUUGUGAGUUUAAGAGAGGAAUAUCAAGAUGUGUUUCCUGAUGAAGUAAUCGGAGGAUUACCACCUAUUCGGGGCAUUGAGCACCAGAUGGAUCUCAUUCCGAGUGCAUCAAUUCCAAAUCGUUCAGCUUACAAGGCAAGUCCAGAGGAAGUCAAAGAAAUACGUAAGCAAGUGGAUGAGUUGCUUGACAAAGGCUGGAUUCGCGAAAGCCUAAGCCCUUGUGCUGUACUGGUUCUUCUUGUCCCAAAGAAGGAUGGUGGGUGGAGGAUAUGCAUCAAUUUUCGAGCCGUAAAUGCCAUAACGAUUAGAAUGUGGGAAGGUGACGAAUGGAAAACUGCAUUUAAAACUACAUUCGGCUUAUAUGAGUGGUUAGUCAUGCCUUUUGGUCUUACAAAUGCUCCAAGGAAGUUUGUUGUGGUUUACUUUGAUGAUAUUCUCAUUUAUAAUAAAUCAAUGGAAGAACAUGUAGAGCAUAUUCAUAGUGUUUUGGAAGUGUUAAGAGCUGAAAAGCUUUAUGCUAACCCGAAGAAGUGCGACUUUUGUGUCGACAAAUGUAUUUUUCUUGGUUUUAUUGUAGGUGCUGAAGGGAUAAGUGUGGGUGAAGCUAAAACACAAGCUAUUCGGGAUUGGCCAACACCUAAAACGAUCAAGGAAGUUCGUAGUUUCCUUGGACUUGCAAGCUUUUACCGCCGCUUUGUGCGAGAUUUUAGCUCCAUUGCAGCACCACUGACUGAGCUUACAAAGAAAGAUAAACACUUUGAUUGGGGAGUUUCUGAACAAGCAUCUUUCGAUUUGGUUAAGAGAAAACUUACUAAUGCUCAUGUUUUAGCUCUACCGGAUUUUACUAAGCCAUUUGAAUUGGAAUGUGAUGCCUCAGAAAUUGGGAUUGGAGCUGUUUUGAUGCAAGGAAAGAAGCCGAUUGCGUACUUCAGUGAGAAGCUGAGUGGGGCUACCCUCAACUAUUCGACAUAUGACCGACAUUUGUACUCGUUGUACAAGAAAAGAAAGGAAAAUGUUGUAGCUGAUGCGCUAUCAAGAAGGUACGGAUUGCUAACCUUGUUAGAAUCUAAGCUUUUGGGAUUUGCAUUCAUAAAAGAUAUUUAUGUGAAUGAUGUUGAUUUUUCUGAUAUCUUUGCAAAAUGUGCUACGCAUGGCUAUGGUGAUUAUUACUUGCACGAUGGGAAAACCAAUGAUGCAUCUCAUGUUGCAGAUCUAUUCUUUCAUAAUGUUUUGAAAUUGCAUGGUGUCCCUAAGACAAUUGUGUUGGACAGGGAUACAAAGUUUCUUAGUUACUUUUGGAAGACACUUUGGGCUAAAUUGGGAACUAAGUUGCUAUUUUCUACAUCUCAUCAUCCCCAAACGGAUGGUCAAACUAAAACAGUGAAUAGAACCUUAGGGAACCUACUUCGUGUCUUGAUAAAAAAGAAUUGUAAAAGUUGGGAAGAAUGUUUGCCUUACGCUAAAUUUGCAUAUAAUCGUACGUUGCAUUCUUCGACACACAUGUCUCCUUUUGAGGUUGUUUAUGCCUUUAAUCUUCUAACACCUUUGGAUAUGUUACCAUUGCCUAGCAAUGAGUAUUUUAAUAGUGAUGGCAGGAAACAGGCUGAAUUUGUGAAGGAGAUGCAUUCAAAGGUUCGGGAUAACAUUGCAAAAUCAAACGCUCGGUAUGCUAAAAGUGCUAACAAAAGUCGAAAGCAUGUAGUGUUCCAUCCAGGCGAUUGGGUGUGGUUGCACUUGAGAAAAAGUAGAUUUCCCGAGAAGCGAAAGUCUAAGCUGAGCCCAAGAGGAGACGGGUCAUUCCAAGAUGUGGAACGCAUCAAUGACAAUGCAUAUCGUAUUGAGCUACCGGGUGAGUACCAAGUUCAUAGCACAUUCAACGUUGUUGACUUAAGUCUUUUUGAUGUAGGAGAUGAACAUGCUAUGAAAAUGGGGGAUUCAAUUUUUCAAGAAGGGGGGGAUGACGAGGUCGUCAAAAGAGACGAUGAACAUGCACUACCACCAGGUCCGAUUACUCGAAACCGUGCCAAGAAGUUUCAAACUAAUAUUAUGGCAUUAGUUUUACACUUGGAAGAGGAAAACAUGCACAAAGUUGAAGCUUAG